AUUCCAAUAAAUGACAGAGGCAAAACUUGGAACACAGCAAGAUGGAACAGUACAGACUGUUGGAUACCUGCCUGGGAAAGAAAAGCAUUGAACACGCAUUAUACUUGAGUCUAAAGAAGACUUCAGGAACUCAAAAAACCGUGCACCUUGCCAGAAGCAGUAACUGCUGUGCUUUUAAGAAGAGAAUGGAUACCCUGUGGAGAAGAAUGUUUAGCUGCUUCCUAAAAGUUGUCGCCAUCAACAGCAUUUGGCUGAAGAGAAACUGGACUUCUGGAGACAAGCUUGUGUUCUUUCCUCCAAAGGCCCAAAUGGGAUCUCUGAACAAAAUGAAUUUCAUUACAAGGCUUUCUGCUUUGUGUCUCAGCAAAAAAAACAAUAUGCAGCAAAGGCACCAGAGUAGUCGGCGGCCAGCUGUUCCACUUGGAUCACGGAUUUUAACUGACCCUUCCAAAGUUUUUGAGCAUAACAUGUGGGACCACAUGCAAUGGUCACAGGAAGAAGAGGAGCGUGCCAAGGAAAAAGCAGCAGAGAACUCGCUUGUGAAAGUCCAGUUGGAAGAUCAAGAUAAGUAUGAGAGAGAAGCCAGUAAAUAUUGGAAUGAAUUUUACAAGACUCACAAAAAUAACUUCUUCAAGGAUCGCAAUUGGUUGUUUUUGGAAUUUCCAGAAAUUCUUCCAGAAAAACUGAGAGAACAGUUGAAAAUAGAGGAAAGACCUUCAGAACACACAAAAAUAAAUAUUACCAGCAGUUUUUCACAAAAGAAAGAGAUGUUUGAGGAAGGAGAAAAAUAUUGGAAGAAAAAUAUUGGAGAUGAUUCCACUUCUGGAAAAGGAUACAUAUCUAAUAAAAAACAAUCAAUAUCUAUUGCUGACAGCCCUCGGGGUAAAAACAAUGAGGAAGAAGUUAAUGUGCGAGAAUCCUUCCCCGGUAGCCAUGCCACGUACAGAAUAUUAGAGGUUGGUUGUGGUGCUGGAAAUAGUGUAUUUCCUAUCUUGAAAGUUCUGUGCAAUACACCUGGAACCUUUCUGUACUGUUGUGAUUUUGCUUCAGGAGCAGUGGAGCUCGUAAAGUCACAUUCGUCCUACAAUUCAGCCUGGUGUUCUGCCUUUGUUCAUGAUGUGUGUGAUGAUGCUUUACCCUAUCCUUUUCCAGAUGAGAUCCUGGAUGUCAUUCUCCUUGUCUUUGUGCUCUCUACUAUUCAUCCUGACAGGAUGCAACAGGUUGUAAAUAGAUUGGUUAAACUAUUGAAACCUGGAGGGAUGUUGUUAUUUCGAGACUAUGGAAGAUACGAUACAGCUCAACUUCGUUUUAAAAAAGGUCAUUGCUUGUCAGAAAAUUUUUAUGUACGAGGAGAUGGAACCAGAGUAUAUUUCUUUACCAAAGAAGAGGUACGGAACGUGUUCAAUUUGGCUGGAUUAACUGAAGUACAGAAUUUACUUGAUCGUCGAUUACAAGUAAAUAGGAAGAAAAAAGUGAAAAUGCUGCGAGUUUGGGUACAAGGCAAGUUCCAAAAACCAUUGCUGCUAUCUAUUAACAGUCCUGAAGAAACCACCAAGAGGCAUCCCUAUGGAUAACUGUACUGUUAACAUAACAAAUCUGACUCACAUCUACCAGAACACCCAUGUCCUUCUCUACAGGGCUGCUCUCAGUGAGUUCUUCUCCUGGUCCUUACACAUAGAUGGGAUUGCUCAGGCCUAAGUGCAAUACCGUGCACUUGGCCUCGUUGAACCUCAUUAGGUCCACACAGACUGACUUUUUGAGCUUGUUCAGGUCCCUUCAGAUGGCAUUCCUUCCUUCUAUUGUAUCAACUGCACCACUCAAUGUUAUCAGCAAACUUACUGAGGAUGCUCUCAAUCUCACUGUCAUCGAUCAAGAUAUUGAAAUGCUUUUUAUAGAUCCUGUGGAGAAACAUGACUACACUGGUAUAUCAAGUGCUUUUAAGGCAAAAACCAAAAUGCAGUCAGAGGAACACUGUGGUGCUGAGGCAGUUGAGCUACUAUUAAAAUAUACUAUUUCUGCUGUUUAAAUGAAAUUUUAUAGUAACUUACUCAGAAGGAGGAGAGGGUUUGGGUUAGGAGAGGAAAAGAAAUGGGUGAAUGAAUAAAAUAAUUGUGUUAAUUCAACGAGGAUAUAGAAUUUAUAUAAUCUAUAACAUGCAUGCAGUUUUGAGUCCCAUUAAUACAGUUACAUUCUCAAAGUCUCUUGUCUUACUUUUGUCUCAAGGGUAAACAUGUCACACCUAACAAACUGUUGUUUUGGAAGUUGCUAGCUGCUGUACUAAGUAAAGCUGGUUGCCUUCUGGAAAGAAAGAAACUGUCUACAUUUACAUGCUAGGUAUCUUCAUCUCCUUUGAAAAGAUGAAGGACCUGCAUAAUUUCCACAUAUUUCAAGAACGAGGUGCAAUAACAGGUUUCAAGGGUAGAAUCUCAUCCUGCGUUUCUUGUGUAUUCUAAAAUCCCUUUAGAAUAAGAUACUUGUUUAUGAAUGAAGUAAUUUAGAAAGCUUGGGUUAGAAAAGUUUUGUUAGCUUUCGCAUACUGUAACCUGGAAUAACAGCUUUGUGGUGUAGGUCAGACGAAAGGUUAAAAUACAACUGUGUUUCUUCAAACUACCAGUCUUAGGAUUCUGCAGCAUGUAAAUAAAAUCUGCUUAUAUUUUAAAGAAAUUGCUACCCUGUUCAACUUUUAUUUUUAAUUGUGACUUUUGACUGUGCAUAGCUCUGAGUCCUGUAUGAAGCAUUUUCAGUUGCAGAAUUUGCCAGGAGGUGAUGGUGAUGAUAAGCUUCUAAGCAUUAUAUGUUAUUAUUCAUGGUAUGAUGUAGAUUUUCCAUAUGUAGAAGCUAAUGAAAUGUUUGCUUUGUCUCUCACACUGAUAUGUUGAUUCUGGCAAGAUUUUAAUAUCCAACGUUGUUAUUUU